AAAAAACUCAGUCUUCCUGUUUGCAUAUGCUGGCGUCUUCGUUCUACUCAAAUGACGUAAGCCAGUUCCGUCCCACCCACAAUGCAACGAGGACAAACCCAGGGAAACAACCAACAACAAAAGAAAGGGCUGGUGCUGACAGCGGAGAACGAAUAUGACACAUAAAACAAAAAUACCAAAAUUAUAGUUACUUAUGUAAAUGAAACAGACUAACGUUGUACUAGAAAAUAGCUAGUAAGGCUGUCCGAUUUCUAAAGGGCUGUUUGUUUGGAAGGAAGAAAAACACUGACGUUAGCCCACCGCUGCUCGCCUUAAUGUAACAACGUCUAAAAGUUGAUCGGAUGAAAGAGUCAAGUGUGGAGCAGCCUAGUGCUGUCAACAAGGCCAACACUGAGGACGAUGGCAUGUCUUGGUGGUACAGAUGGCUCUGCAAGAUCGCUGGUGUCAUCGGCGGAAUCUCCUGUGCUGUGGCAGGAGUGUGGAACUGUGUCACUGUCAACCCCCUGAACAUCGCAGCGGGUGUGUGGAUGGUAUUGAAUGCCUGUGUGCUGUUCCUGUGCGAGGUUCCUUUCUGCUGUCAGUUCAUUGAGUUUGCCAACGCCGUGGCAGCCCGAGCUGACCGGCUCAAACCCUGGCAGAAAGCAUUCUUCUACUGCGGGAUGGCACUGUUUCCCGUCUUUCUGAGUCUGUCUAUCACCACGUUAUUUGGGAACGCAAUCGCCUUUGCAACAGGAGUCCUGUAUGGCCUGGCUUCACUGGGGAAGAAGGGAGAUGCUGUGAGUUAUGCUCGACUCCAGCAUCAGAAACCGGGGGAUGAGGAGAAGCUAACAGGGACGACCGAUGGGGAGGCACAGUGACGCCCCUCCGCACACCAUCAUGUUGGGAACACAUCCCAAUGACCCCUCUCUCAGCUGCUGAUUCUAGAUCCUAAUGUAGAAUAGUACACUGGAUAGCUGCUCAUGUUGAUUCAGUCUCACGUCAGAACUGUUUCAUUUCUGUUACUGAUUUUAUUUCUUUUGCCGAAACACACCUUCUGUACUGCCUGGGAACUGUAAUGGGGGAGGGUUCUUUUCUCAAGGGGUUUCAGCCGUAUCCAAAUGUGUGGUACUUAUGAGUGGGAAAAUAUGCUUUUUAAAUUAUGUUCUAUUUAACAUUGCUAUGCUUUUUUGUGUGCCUUUUUGAUUUAUUUUUUUUUUCAUUUUGAGGUUUUAUGAGGAAAAGGCUACUGUGUCUUUAACACAGAAUGUUUAUGUAUACUUCAGGUUGCUGGUAUUAUCCAAAGGUAUUGAAGAUGUUAUGGAAAAAGACAAUAUUAUUGACCAUGAUGUUUGUUUAAGCAAAGUCAUUGGAUGCUAUUGGGCAGGAAAUGUGAAUGAACAGUUUUGGUGAUUCAGCAAAAUAAUUCUUAAUGUAUUUAUUGUGACCAUGGCUUUCUGUACAGCAAGUGAUGGUACUUUUAAUUUAGUUUUUUUUUUCUUCUUGAAAAGACAAUGCAUGUUUGGGUAUUAAGGCAAAACGAAUAUAUACCUACAAUAUAUUAACCACAGGAACAAAAAAUAAGAGCUUUCUCAUUGCAUGGGUAAAAUCUUUGCUAAAUCUCUAUUUUGUGAACUUAUGUCCUACUUGAUACUUAACUCAAAGGCCAGUGGUGAAGCUGAAGUGUGGUUGUGGUUUUUUGUGUGGCAUAAUACAAACAAGAAUGGUUAAUUUUCUGCUAUGUAGCUCCAAAAAUAUGCCUAAUCAUUUCCUGUUUUUUUCAUUCUUAAUCAGUCAGUCUGGGACAAUUUAUCCUUUACAGUGUGAUGUUGCUUGACUUGAAAGCCCCUCUCCAAGACUUUUGCCAGGCAAGAUUUCUAUGGUUUUUGAUUCAGGGACGUAUUUGUGUGUCUGGCAUGUGUAGUGGAAAAAUGUUUAAUCAUGGCCUAGUCCUCCAGGUUAUAAGGAGAAGAAGCAACAUGUGAACCUGGACAGACUAUGUCUUUACAUUGUCUGGAUGGCCAAUUGGUAGUGAAAUUAAAAUUUUGUCAGAGCUGAUAUUUUCAUUUUCUCUCCUGUAACAUUCCUCCUGUCAUGUUUGCACUGUAUACAGUAUUUAUUAGCCGGUAGUGGAGGUGUGUACAUGGCCACCUUUUACAGCAAAAUGGAUUCAAAAUAACAGUGACAAAGCAGCUGCUGGCACAACCCAUCUUUUUUUCUUUGGAUCACCAACCUAGUUCAGCUUUCAGCACUAAUAUCAAUAUCAGAAUGCUGGGCUGAAGGUUGCGCUGUAAACUGGAACUCAUCAGGCACAUCCAUAAAUGGUGUUUGCAGGGUUAUUUUAAGAAGAAAAAUGCUUAUGACCCUUACAGUAAGGAUCAUUUAACGCACCAGCUUCUGUACAUACAUUACAUUCACCACCAGCAAACAGUAUACUGUAAAGUUACUGCAUAAUCUAUAUAGAAAAAGUGAUAUUUGACACCCAACAUACCAAGGUUGUAAAUAAAGUUAAAUGACUGACUGUAUAGACACUUUCUCUGUCUGACAAUGCCUGAUUACAGCUCUUCGAUGCUUUGGUGUGUUUGACCGCUGUGUUUAUUCCAUUAACACUAGUAUUCAGUGAAUGAAGACUGUUAGGCACUCUAGCAUCACAUGUCCAGUACCUUUUCAUUUCAACUAGUCAGAUGAAAUGCUUUUACAGGUAUGUGUACAUUGGUACUGCUAUACACAUAACUGUCUGUGAAUGGUUGGAGAGAUGAAAUGGUUGUUAUAUUUUAUCAGCAUUCUAAUUGGUCUAAACUCAAACUGUGGCCCAUUUGGACAAAUUAAUUAGGACUUUAAUCCAUUGUAAUGGAAUACAAUGUCCCACCCUCAACUUCUGUUUUUGUGUUCUGAGCCUUGGAUUGUUGUAAAGGGUGUGUGUGUACCAUCACAUAGUAAGGCUAUUUCGGUUUGGUUGUUUUUUUGUGCUUUGUUUUGGGAUAAUGAACUUGAAAAGCUAAUAAACAGUGCUUGUUUAUCAGUGUUUUGUUUUCCUAUAUGAAAAAUAAACACCUUUCUACAUGA